AUGGACCUUGGCACGCCAACAUGGUACAUCACAUAUUUCUAUGUAAUCGGUGUAUUUUCAUUUGCACUGAACCUUGCAGUAAUUCUGUUAGUUAUCUAUAAAAGCGAGAGUAUUGAUAACUUUAAGUAUUAUAUUUUGGCGUUUCAGGUAUUCUGUAUGUUGGCUGACUUCCACAUUAGCCUUCUCGUCCAACCGAUGUACCUCUUCCAAUUUAUGACCUAUUCCUGUGUGGGGCCUGCUGCUACCUACAUGUGGGCAAACUACCUUUUGAUAACUACUCACUUGCUCCUUGGAAUUCAGUAUGUCCUCCUGUUCCUUUGCUUUGCUAGGAGACACCAAGCAAUCGCAAAAAUCAAGCAACAUCAUGUGAUUCCUGAAAUUUUGUUCAAUAGCUUUAUAGCUUUUGAGCUAGCUUGUCCAGUGGCUGCGUGCAUUUGUUAUUUCUAUACAGGAGUGGAGCAGGAGAAGGUUGAGGGAUUUAUCGAUCAGAUGUACCCCGAUCACAAAACCGAACUCUUAUCCCUUCAAAACUACGUGAUCUACCGAGAAAACACUGUCUAUAUGAUAUUCUUCGUGAUUUUCAAAAUGCUUGCCGGAUCCCUUGUCUUUCUACUAAUUGCACUCGCCACCUUGGACAUGCAGAAAAUGCUGAGCCCAGUUCGUCGGAAGCUAUCAAUUCAAAACUACAACCACCACAAGAAAGUCAUCAAUAGCCUCCUGGCCCAGUUUGCCGCCGUUUUGGUACUUCUACUGCCUGGUUUAGCAUUCUACACAACAAGAUUGUACCCUUAUGAAACUGGAAAAUGGAUCGUUAACAUCACCUGGUGCAUUUUUCAAAGCCGCUCCUCCAUCAACUCGUUGGUUCUACUUGCAUCUACUCCACCGUACCGAAAUUUUCUAAUGCGUAGACUGGCAGGAAAACGAGAAAAAGUGUCAACUGUCGUUGUUUCAGUACAUACUCGAACAGGGAUGAAUUAA